AUGAAUUCUCUGCCACCCGAAGUUCAACUUGAUGUAUUAAAAUGUGUUAAUUUCGAUCAAUUAGUCUCUGUUAGACAAACAAAUCGUUAUUUCAAUAAUUUUAUUGAUGGAUAUCAAAAUGAACUGGCUCGCUUGAAAUUCAAUAAACUUAACAUAAGUAUCGAUGCUAAUAUUAAUCAAUCAACUAUUUAUGAAAUUAUUCCCCUUGAAUCUGUAAUUUCUAAAUUUGUUUUGAAUGAUCAACUUAAAGAAAAGUGGCAACAAGCGAUAUCUAAAUCAAUUCCUUUGUAUUUGCAAGAUUAUGAAGACAGAAAUCCAUUUGCUGUUAAAUUGGACAAAAUAUAUUUUGAUUUAAAGAAAAAGAAACUUCGGCAUUACAUUUUAAAAUUGCCAAACUUUCCAAAAAACAUAAAAGAAAUGUCUAUUGUUCGAUGCUGGUUAGAACGACUAUUUAAUUGUUUCUUCGAGUAUACCGGUUUCAACAAUCUAUUUAACCCAGAAAUGAUUAAUUUGUUAUUUGAUAACGACAAAUCAAUUCCUCUUCGAUUUAUUAUUCAAAAACCGUCUCUAAACGUUGGCAGUUUAUCUUAUGGAUUGGAUAAUGCUUUGAAAUUUGUUUUGAAUCAUUUAUCAAUUUCUGAGUCUCUUAUUAUUGAUUUUAAUGAGAACAACAUUUUGGAGCAACAAAUGGAUAUUUUAUUCAAUAUUUUAACAAAAGAAGGCAAUAAAUGGUCACAAUUUUGUUUAAAAAGUUACAGAUGUUUUGAGAUGUCACGGCUUUAUGGACUUAUUUUUGAGCAUAUAACAUCCAAAGACUGUUCAAAAUUAGUGCCUGUUAUUAUGUUAGAAUAUAUUUCUGAAUUAAAUUUUGAAGUGAACAAGGAAACUGAAAAUGUUGAAAUUAAACAAUUUAAUGGUGUGAAAUAUACAAAAUACCAAAUCACCAACAAACAUGAUCCGAAUCUUAAAUUUUCAUUUUGCAAUGCAGAAUUUAAAGAAGGGAAUACAGAUUUUACCUUUAAAAUAAGAAUAGUGAAAAUAUAG